CCCAGUUUAUCGAUACUCUACGUAUAUUGUGUCGAAUAAUUGGACUGUGCUUUUUUUUUAUUUUUAUUUUUUAUUUAAACAAGAGGCUGGUAAGAUUCAACUAAUUAUCACUACAACAAAAGACAGCAAAUGUAUCCCCUCCUGUUUAGGUCUGCUUUUUAAUUGUCUCCCUAUUCCAAGUCUUAUGGUCACUGGCAAACGUACAUAGAAAAAGUAUUAGGUACAAAUGAUAAUCAUUGACCUGGGCUAUGUAUAUCUAUAUGUUCCUAUUGGAUGGUACUGUGUAUAAUAACACGUGUGUUUUGCUAUUUUUGCAGUCUGGGAAAAUACACCAUGGAGAGGAUCAUCAUUGAGAGCAUUGUCCGAGGAGACCAGGAUAGUGUCCGGCUCUACCUGCAGAGGUAUAACACCCAGUAUGCUGAGUGCUUCUUUUUUAACAGUGAGGAGCAGGAGAGAAAAAAGCAACAAGAGCUGGAAGAAUUCAGGAAGAACAAAACCAGGGAAUGUGUUCCUGAUUCUGACAUGGAUUCUGACGACGAAGAGCCAGAUCUUCUUCUCCGACAGCAUCUUACUGCAGCCCUGAUGAGUUUUAUCAGCGGUCAGCUUCAACCAUCAGUAUUAGGAGUGUGCCUGCAAACGCUGCGUAUCCUGUCCCGCGAUAGACGGGGCCUAGGACCAAUGGUCACUGAUGGUGCGCUGACCACAUUGGCAGGCCUGGGAGGGAUCCGCUUACAGGCUUGUCUACAGCAGCAGGAAAAAGCUACAGAUGGCUCAGAUAGAAAGCAUAGUCAAAUACAUUCUGAUGCUACUCUGGCAGCUGUUGGCUCUGUGGUCCCAGUUUCAUUGGAGGAAGCCUGUACAACCAAUACUUACCAAUUCACAAGUGAAGAGGAUGAUGAACAUCUGGAAGAAGACGAGGAGGUGUGCAGGAAGGAGGCUUUGAAAGCCUUGUGUAACGUUAUCUACAACAGCCCCAGGGCACAGGAAAGAGCCAGUGCACUGAGAUUUCUGCAAGGUGUUUGGGAUAGUGUGAAGCAGGGCAUCAACAGCAGCGAGCGAAACAGUGUCCAGUUCUAUAGGCUGAGACUACUGUUCUUACUGACAGCUUUGAGGCCAGAACUCAGGCUUCAGCUGCAGCAGGAGAAAGGAGUGUCAGUGCUAACCAAAGCUCUGGAGCGAUGCCUGGCAGCGAAAUGGGGUAACGGGUUUGAGGUGCUGAGUGACACGACAGCCCUUCCUCUUUCUAAGGAAACUUCCAAUGAAGUCAUUGAGAUCCUCAAAACACUUUUCAACAUCGCACACAAGUUCAACAGGCAGGAACCUGAUGAGGACGAGGCAACAAUGUAUCGUCAACUAGCAGCUGUGCUACGACACUGCCUCUUGCUAUCUUAUGUGGAUGAGGACUCCAAGGAGGAAAUUCAGGGGCAUACAGUAAACAUUCUAUCAGCACUGCCAUUGACAUGUCUGGACGUCCUGCUGUCUGUUCAUGUUGACAAAGCCUCCCAUCCAUGGGAAGGUGUCAACAUGGACUGUGUCCACACAUUGAUGCUGUAUAUGGAAAGACGCCUGAACAGGGGUGAGAAGCUAAAGGAGAAACUAAUUCUUGUACUCAAUCUACUGACUGAGAGCUCUCGGGUGCACAGGGAGACACGCCACUAUUUGCGGCAACAGAUCUUGCCUCCCUUGAGAGAUGUUGCUAUCCGUCCAGAGCAGGACCCCACACUGAGAGGGCAGCUGGUCCGCCUGAUGACCCAUGUUGACACAGAUGUGAAGCACUGCGCUGCUGAGCUGCUGUUUGUGCUCUGCAAGGAGAACGUUAGCCGCUUUGUCAAGUACACGGGUUACGGAAAUGCUGCUGGUCUUCUGGCGGCUCGCGGGCUGCUAAAUGGGAGAAGGCAUUCCGGUGACUUCCAGCACACAACCCAAUACUCCAGCGAUUCUGACUCAGACACAGAAGAGUACCGCGAGGCCAAAGCCAGGAUUAACCUGGUGACGGGUCGGGUGGAGGCAGAGCAGCCUGACCCGAUGGAGGGCAUGACAGAGGAGGAGAAGGAGGAGGAGGCCUGUCGCCUCAUCAGCAUGAUAAACCGACUAUCAAGAAAUAACAUCAUUCAGCCAAUGGCAAUGACAGUGGAUGGGAGACUUGCUACGCUGCACAGACAAAUGAAAGAGUGCACAUUGCAAGAAGAAGAUGAAGAUGAGGGUGAAGAUAUGGAUAUGAUGCCAGAGGCGAGGGAAGAAGACAAAGACAUGGAGUAACAUAUUUUUUAAUCGGUUGUUAUAGAUGCAAUUGACUGACAAACAUAUAAACAUUUCACAGUGAUCACUCACUUUUUCGCGCUUCAAACUUCGCACCCUCAGUCCAUCGCGGAUUUCUUUUUUUAUUUUUAUUUUUU